AUGGUUCACUCUGUGCUCCUAUUUCUAGUUCUCACUCUCACUGCUGUCUCUGCUCAGCAACAUCAGUAUGAUGACCCUUCUAUCACAGCCACCAUGGAGAAAUUUUCUGGCUACGCAAUCAACGAACCUCACUCUUUCCAACUCACUUCACUCUCCGUUGAUGCUCAAGCUCUGCAGAACAAGAUUGACGAGCUUGCAGCUUUUUCUGACUCACCUUCUCCAUCAGUGACCAGAGUCUUGUUCACUGACAAGGAUGUUUUGGGUCGCAAGUAUGUAAAAACCCAGAUGGAACUUGCUGGUCUAUCUGUGAGAGAGGAUGCUGUUGGUAACAUAUUUGGCCGUUGGGAGGGCCUCGAGCCUGAGCUUGCUGCAGUUGCAACAGGUUCGCACAUUGAUGCCAUACCAUACUCUGGAAAGUAUGAUGGAGUUGUUGGUGUUUUAGGCGCUAUCGAAGCCAUCAGAGUCCUAAAAAGGUCUGGUUUUAAACCUAGAAGAUCAUUGGAAGUCAUAUCAUUCACAUCAGAAGAACCAACACGCUUUGGGAUAGGUUGCUUGGGAAGCCGCUUAUUGUCCGGGAGUGAGGAUCUUGCAAAUGCUCUAAAGACAACAACUGAUAUUCAAAACAUAUCCUUCCUAGAUGCUGCAAGAUCUGCUGGGUAUGGGAAAAAUGGAGACGACUUAUCCAGUGUAUUUUUAAAGAAAGGAACGUAUUCUGCUUUUAUAGAACUGCAUAUAGAGCAAGGGCCUAUUCUGGAAGAUGAAGGUAUAUCUAUAGGCAUAGUUACUGCCAUUGCAGCUCCAGCAAGUCUAAAGGUUGAAUUUGAAGGAAAUGGGGGCCAUGCAGGCGCGGUCCUCAUGCCUAACAGAAAUGAUGCUGGUCUUGCUGCUUCUGAACUAGCCCUGGCUGUGGAGAGGCAUGUGCUGGAGUCUGGGUCAAUUGAUACCGUUGGCACUGUUGGUAUCCUGGAACUGCAUCCUGGAGCAAUCAACAGCAUCCCUAGCAAAUCUCACCUAGAAAUUGACACAAGAGACAUUGAUGAGGAAAGAAGAAACAAAGUGGUGGAGAAAAUUCAUCAAUCAGCAAUUAAAAUAACCAAAACCCGUGGUGUCAAGCUCUCUGACUUUCGAGUCAUUAAUCAGGAUCCACCGGCUCUUUCUGAUGAAGCUGUCAUAAAGGCAGUUGAAAUUGCAACAAAAGAACUAAACUUGACAAGCAAAUUGAUGAUCAGUAGAGCCUAUCAUGAUUCAUUGUUUAUGGCCAGGCUGUCUCCGAUGGGCAUGAUUUUCAUUCCUUGUUACAAAGGGUACAGCCAUAAGCCUGAAGAGUUUGCCAGCAUUCAAGAUAUGUCUAAUGGUGUAAAAGUAUUGGCGCUCACUCUAGCUAAAUUGUCCAGUCAGUUACAUCUUCUGAAGUGAGUUCAUGUGGACUAUCAUUAUUGAAAAAAUUGAAAAAACGUAAUUUAUUUCUGUUAGACAGUUGACUGUUACAGCUUACUGAUUAAAUAAUUUAAAACUUAAUUCCCCUUUAUUCUAUCAAGAUGAGGGGUUGAACUAUUCAAUAUGACUAGAAGAUUUAUUAGAAACACUUUUUACUGUUGUAAAA